UCAUGAGAUGAUCAUGGGGGGGAAUGAGAAGAGUAGUAAUAGUUAGCUGGUUGUAGCUGAAGUUAAUGAAGAAUAAUCUCGUGCGUUAGAGCGGCGAGUUUGCAGAGGCCGCCAUCAUGGCGAACAUCACCAAGAAAGUGUCGUGGUCCAGCCGAGGCGACGAGACCGGGGCAGUGUGGGAGGGAACCCCGCUGCUCAACGGCUCCGAGCGGCCCUCACUGUCCAGACAGGACUCUGCGAGUUGGAGACCUAAAGAGAUCCCUCACAACGAGAAGCUGCUGUCGCUUAAAUAUGAGAGUUUGGACUAUGACAACAUUGAAAAUCAGCUGUUUCUGGAAGAGGAGAGGAGGAUGAGUUUCAUGGGUUUCCGCUGUCUUGAGAUCAGUCGCUGGGUGGUCUGCGGUAUGAUUGGCAUUCUGACUGGACUCAUCGCUUGUUUUAUAGAUGUGGUGGUGGAAGAGGUCGCUGGCAUCAAAUACAAAGUGAUUAGAGAGAACAUCGUCCAGUUUACAGAAGCUGGUGGUUUGUCCAUCUCUCUCAUCCUCUGGACCGUCCUCAACUGUGUGUUCGUCAUGGUGGGAGCCAUCAUGGUUGCAUGUGUUGAGCCCAUAGCAGGAGGAAGUGGGAUACCUCAGAUUAAAUGUUACCUAAAUGGAGUCAAGAUUCCCAGGGUGGUCCGACUCAAGACCCUGGUGAUAAAAGUAUUGGGUGUCAUUUGUUCAGUGGUUGGUGGUCUUGCCGUUGGGAAGGAAGGUCCCAUGAUUCAUUCUGGGGCUGUUGUAGCUGCAGGGGUCUCCCAGGGGAGGAGCACCUCUUUAAAGAGAGACUUUAAGAUAUUUGAAUACUUUCGCAGAGACACAGAAAAAAGAGACUUUGUCUCUGCUGGAGCUGCUGCUGGAGUUUCUGCUGCUUUUGGUGCACCUGUUGGGGGCGUUUUGUUCUCUCUUGAAGAAGGAGCUUCUUUCUGGAAUCAGAUGUUGACGUGGAGGAUUUUCUUCGCCUCCAUGAUCUCUACCUUCACUCUGAACUUCUUCCUCAGUAUUUAUCACGGCAAAGCAGGAGAACUUUCCAACCCAGGUCUCAUCAACUUUGGACGCUUCGAGACCGAAACGAUGGGGUAUAACCUCUAUGAGAUUCCCUUGUUCAUUGCCAUGGGAGCGGUUGGUGGUGCAUUGGGCGCUUUAUUCAAUGUCCUCAACUACUGGCUGACCAUCUUCAGGAUCAGAUAUGUGCACAGGCCGUGUUUGCAAGUGAUUGAGGCCAUGUUGGUCGCAGCAGUGACCGCAGCGGUGUCUUUCAUCAUGAUUUAUUUCUCUAAUGACUGUCAGCCUUUGAGGCCAGACCACGCCGAGGAGUAUCCACUGCAGCUGUUUUGUGCAGAUGGAGAGUAUAACUCCAUGGCAACAGCCUUCUUCAACACUCCUGAGAGAAGCGUGCGAAGUCUCUUCCACAACGCACCAGGAACCUACAAUCCUCUGACGCUGGGCUUGUUCACUCUGACCUAUUUCUUCCUGGCGUGUUGGACUUACGGCCUGUCGGUGUCGGCUGGAGUUUUCAUCCCGUCUCUUCUCAUCGGUGCCGCCUGGGGGAGGCUGUGUGGUAUACUGCUCGCCUCUAUAGCGUCAACGGGCUCGAUCUGGGCCGACCCUGGGAAAUACGCCUUGAUCGGAGCUGCAGCUCAGUUAGGUGGCAUUGUAAGAAUGACGCUCAGUUUGACCGUCAUCAUGGUGGAGGCGACGGGAAACGUCACCUACGGACUUCCCAUCAUGCUCGUCCUCAUGACCGCCAAGAUAGUCGGAGACUAUUUUCAAGAAGGUUUGUAUGAUAUUCACAUCAAGCUGCAGAGCGUUCCCUUCCUGCACUGGGAGGCUCCUGCCACCUCCCACUGGCUCACUGCCAGAGAGGUGAUGAGCUCUCCGGUCACAUGUUUGAACAGAGUAGAGAAGGUGGGCACCAUCGUGGACGUCCUCAGCAACACUUCCACCAAUCACAACGGCUUCCCCGUCGUCAUGCAGGUUUCUGAUAAUGAUGAGCCGGCUAAACUCUGCGGCCUCAUCCUGCGCUCGCAGCUCAUCGUCCUCCUCAAGCACAAGGUGUUUGUGGAGCUGGCUCGGUCCCGGCUGACUCAGAGGAAACUCCAGCUCAAAGACUUCAGGGACGCCUACCCCCGUUUCCCCCCGAUCCAGAGCAUCCACGUGUCCCAGGAUGAGCGGGAGUGUAUGAUGGACCUGACGGAGUUCAUGAACGCAACGCCGUACACUGUGCCACAGGACACGUCGCUGCCUCGAGUGUUUAAGCUCUUCAGAGCUCUGGGCCUCAGACACUUGGUGGUGGUAGAUGAUGAAAACAGGGUGGUCGGGCUGGUGACCAGGAAGGACUUGGCCAGAUAUCACCUGGGUAAACACGGGCUUGAGGAGCUUCAGCUGGCUCAGACAUAACACACACACAUGGACUGAGACCGCCCGAUGCCUCAGAGAAAGACCUGAGAGAUCCGUUAUUCUUCAGAGAAUAACAGCUUCCUGUGAAAUGGUUCUGAUUUGUAGUUUCUCCAAGACUGUGUGCCGUUUUUAGAUGUUUCCUCCUUUCCUUUGAUCAUUCCUACAC